UCCACCUCGUCUUUGCCUCCCCCGUUUAAAACACAACUACUUCUUUUGUCUGACAGCCUGGAGGGAAAAUAAACCAGUGUCAGAAGGUUUCUGCAACAGGUUGAGAAACAUCAUGGCUCUGCUUGUCAUUGGGCUGCUGCUGGCUCUCUCUUCCCUCACAGCAGCCUCGGCUCCUGACUGCAAAGACCUGGUCAAACCUUUUAUGCCAGAUGAUCCCAAACUGGUGUUUGGAAAAUGGGUGUACGCGUUGGGAGCAGGUGACCCCCCACCAUAUCACAAAGCACUGGAGACCCUAAAAAGCUCCUGGAUUCACUUGACUCCGACUUCAAGUGAUCUGCUGGUCACCCUGAGAUGGGGAGACCACUGCUUCAAUCGUUGCAUCUUUGGGGAAGUAAAUGCAACCGUCUCUGGACUCACAACCACAUUUAGCAAGAACUUGUCCAAUCACAAGGGACAACUCCUACAGACUUGCUCUGACUGCCUGCUGUGGACGGACACCUUCCGAAAUGGGGACGUGACAGGCAGAUACAUCCUGCAGUUCACAAGAACAGGAAAAGUAGAACCCAAAGAUGUUGAAAUUUUCAAGAAACAAGCAGAGUGUCUGAACUUCCCUAAGAACUUCCACAGCUACGACGGCAAAGUAGAGCUGUGUCCUGAUGAGAACGAGAAUGCCGAGUGAGCAGAGAGGAAGCUUCGUGCAUGAAAAAAGUUGAAUAAAAUCUCCAUUUGGUGUUGUUUUGAUUGAAUUAUCUAGAGGUUUUGGGCCUUUUUGCCAGACAUGUUUAAAACUUUUUUGGGGGGGUUCAUGUUGGUCAUUUGUUGAAAAUGUUCAGAGAGACAUGUUGGAAUGAGCCAAAAUUUAAUGAGAAGUGUAAGAGCAGACCUUCUCUGGGUUUAGUUGGCGUUUCAAAUACAGUCAGGGGUUAAAAUAUUUGGUUAUUUGAGUUAAAAAAUAUAUUAAAUACCACAAAGUUAACAAAUCUGGGAAGAAAUUUAAAUUUAAAUGUCAUAACACACUUUGAAAAUCCCUGUUUUACACUGCUGCCUGCACAUUGGUUUUAAUAUUUACACAUAUAGAACAUGGAGGAUUAUUAGCAUGGCUCAUUUUGAAAUAAAGUUUUCUACCAGUUAAAUUUACAUCACAUGUGGUCAAAACUAAUUCAAAUAAAUGAUUUUCAUUCUUACAA